UAACCGUCACUUGAACAAGAGUGGGAAGGCGGAUCCUCUGCAGUUGCAGUUCUGUAAAUCCCCCAUUGUCUACUUUGACCUGUCAUUCUCUGAGAGGCCGAAAGGAAUGUUGUUGCUGAUUUGGGGAGGUUACAUUGGCGGCUUCAUUUUGCACCCAGGAAGCUCCUCCAACAAAAUCAAAGAACAAAUAAAUUUGAAAAAUGGAAAAGAAAAAUCAGACUUUGCCUCUGUUUCAUUUGCCAAUAAGAACAAAAUGAAAGAGAAGCCAAAAAUACAGGUAAUUUAGCACUUUUGAAGAGGAUUAGUAACUUGGGGUUUCUAAAUUUGUGGUUAUAAGUAAUAAAAGAGAAAGUAAAGAAGAGAAUAAAAUUCUUGAAAUGGAACGUCAAAGUGAAGGAACAUGCAUAAAGAAAGGGCCAUGGACUGCUGAAGAAGAUGAAGUCUUAAUGAACUACGUGAAAAAGUAUGGUCCAAGAGGCUGGAGCUCCAUUCGAUCCAUGGGACUUUUACCCAGAACUGGAAAAUCUUGUCGUCUUAGAUGGGUUAACAAGCUUAGACCCAACUUGAAGACUGGAUGCAAAUUUUCAGCAGAGGAAGAGAUGGUGAUAGAAUUGCAGGCACAGUUUGGCAACAAGUCGAAGAUUUCGAGGUAUUUGCCAGGAAGAACAGAUAAUGACGUGAAGAAUUUCUGGAGUGCUAGACGAAAGCGGUUGGAGAGAAUUUUGCAAACGCCUACAUCAAUUUCACACAAGAACAAAGGGAAGGAUCCUGUUCUCCAUGAAAUGCCAAUGGUGGAGGUCCCGCCUUCCAACUUCAUUCCAGUAGAGCUGGGGUCAUCAUCUCACCAUGAUCAGGCUAAACGUCCAUCCUUUUCAGGAAAUCGAAGAUUCAGGAUGGUGCCGCUACCUGAUCUGGUUCAGCCAGACUUCCCAAACUUGGAAACAGGCCUUCCCAUACUUGACAUUGCAAUCAUUCAGAUGAUACCAUCCAUUGAGCCCUCUGCAAACUACCCUGUUUCUCUACUACCGCAACUACAACUGGACCUCCCAAGCUUGCCACAAUGCCAGGACCUUGCCCCAGAACCCAAUGGUCUCAACUUUGAGGGCAUGUUCGAGCAUCAGGGUUCUGAAUCUGACAGUAAACCAAAAUGGUUCGCCAGUUUUCCAUCAACUGGAAUAAACAACAAUGCUCAAAUUGGGAAGAAGGAAGACAGAAGAAACCCUGCAAUCCCGGAUGGCUUCUUUGAUGAAUUUCCAUCUGACAUGUUUGACUACCUCGAUCCUCUUCCGAACUCAUCAGAGUGGUAAUCGUAUGCGGUGGAGCAGUUGUGCUUCUAUUUUCAGUUCUAACCCAUGGGACUUUCCUACUAUAUAUACAACCCAUUCUUGA